CGCCAACCCACCGCCACUAUGGCUUCCCCUUUGCCAUCGCCCAUCUCAUCAUCGUCUCGGCGACCAUCCGGGAGGCAUUCCAUGGAUUCCCCCAUUGGACCGAUGAACAUGAAUCUCUUUCUUGAUGAACCUCGCUCCCCAGCAUGGCAAUCCAAUAUUCCCUUGGGCCAGAACCCUGGUCUUCGUGGUGGCCCCUACGUUGCUGCUUUCAUUGAUAACCCCCCUUGCGAGAUCCCAAUGCGCGAUAGAUCACCAGCUAAAAGCCUUCCACCUCAGCCUGAUUCAACAUGGCAACUUUGCAAGUUUUUGGCGGCGGACCUGCGCCAACGCGCCAAAAAGCUGUCGAAGACGCGCGGAAAAUGGAAGAAGCUGUUCAAGAAGAAUGUGCCAAGUCAGGAAAACCUGCCCCCCAGUACCGCCUCACCGAACUCAUCGGCAAAGGAAGCUUUGGUCGCGUCUACAAAGCCAACGAUUUAAGGACCGCCAACGUGGUAGCCGUCAAGAUCAUAGAUGUCGACGAGAGUGAUACCCUCAACCCGAAACUCGCGGAUACUUAUAGCGAGAUUCUCAAGGAAAUCAACGCAUUACAUCGAUUGAGUCAGUCUGGCGCCAAAAAUAUUAAUCACGUUAUCGAGGCCCUACCGGUGGGCAAGGCGAUGUGGAUGGUUACAGAAUAUUGUGCUGGAGGAAGUGUUGCUACGUUAAUGAAACCCACUGCACCUGGUGGACUACAGGAGAAAUGGAUAAUCCCGAUAUUGCGAGAAGUCGCCGUAGCAAUUUACUGGGUUCAUAAGGAGGGAAUUAUACAUCGCGAUAUUAAAUGUGCUAAUGUGCUAGUUACCGAGACCGGUGCGGUGCAACUUUGCGAUUUUGGUGUGGCUGGUAUGAUGGAAACCAAGUUGGACAAGCGAUCAACGUUCAUCGGAACACCACAUUGGAUGGCUCCGGAACUCUUUGACCAGAACGCCCAUUAUGGAACGGAAGUUGAUAUAUGGGCUUUUGGAUCCAUGGUAUAUGAGAUUGCAUCCGGGUUACCGCCAAAUGUUAGGGCAAACGUAGGCCUCCCCCAGCUGGGAGAUUAUCUUCGGGAACAUCUACCGCGUCUUGAUGGUGAUCAAUAUUCCGAUGAAUUAAAAAGCCUCGUCGCCUUCUGCCUGGAAGAAAACCCGGCGAGACGUCCCUCCAUUGAAUUGGUCCAGCAACAUCCCUACAUUUCUAAUACUAGCUCUAGAUACCCUACUUCGUCUCUCGCAAAUCUUGUUAAGGCAUUCAAGCUCUGGGAAGAGCGAGGUGGAAGCAGAAAAUCUCUUUUCGCAGCUGGAGGGGCUCAGGCACCUACCGAUUUGGGAUCAACAUCGCUAGCAACGGAUGAAUGGAAUUUCUCUACGACUCUCGCCUUUGAUGAACAGCUCCACGAUGCUUCAGACGGUAGAUCCGAUGCUGAGGCAGUUCGAGAUGUUUAUGGCUCUGCUGUUGAUUUCCCUAGCACAUUCGGUGAAGAUACUGCACGACCAAAGGCGUUAGGAAAAGGUCGACGACGACCCCCACCACAAGCCUUAGCCGCGACCAAGGUCAAAGCACCUCUUGAAAAGGUCUUUGAUCCUAACACAAUAUCAAAUUACGAUGAGAAUUCUCGCAUGUACUAUGGACGCCCACCACCACCUACAGUGUCAGAUCCACCUAUGACCAACGAACAUACGGCAUCCGAUCUUCCGCUCCGUAACGAUUCACUCCAUGCGACGCUCCGCGAAUCUUUAAUUGACCUUGAUGCUUCACUUGGUGGUGCUGAUAUCUCGAAUUUCGUCGACAUGGGUACCAUUAAGCCCGGCCCAGGUCCCCGAGCCUCGAUGGAUAACAAUUGGUCUUUCUCAUCGGCCACUGAGGCAUCAUCACACGAUAGAGCACCUUUAAGCGAUCCUGCAGAUGUAGGGACUGGUCGCCAUCCAGCGCCUGAUUGGUCUUGGCCUACUAGUAUCCCUCCCGCCUCGGCAAAUCCCGAGGUAUCACACUUUACAUUUAACGAGGACCGUCCACUAAAUAGCGGCGGCCUUGAAGGACGUCCCCGUCUCCAGCAUCAUCCCACCGAACCUAUUGGAUUACCUUCACAAGGUUAUGACAUGCAAGAUACGCAGACAUCGGCAGCCAACGACCGCAUGUCCAUGACUAGUCUAAUCGAUCUAGACAUGAGUAUGAUGCCAGAAACCAUCCAACCCCUCCCAGAACUCACACGCCCCUCAACCGCCAACUCGGACAUCGCAUCGGUAACCGGUUCAGAUAUCGGCACCCGCGAACCCUUCGAGCUCGAGCGCCAUGCCUCCGUAUACGCACCCCCGCACCUCUCCAGCCGCGAACCCUCAAUAUACGUCUCCGACGGAUCUGAGUUCUCCGCACAUGUCGCCCAAAAAAUCGCCGAAGUAGAAGAACACGACGAAAACGGACACGUGGAUCACGAUAUGAACACAGCGAUCCCGCAUAACACAUACCAACAACAAUAUACCCAACAAUACAAUCUACAACAACAGCAACAAUACCAACACCAGCACCAAGACAGCGAGUUCACCGUCGCUUCGUCCGAAACUUAUGUAGAUCGUGAUGACGGCGCGUCGUACCGAGCUGGUGUUGGCGGAGGUGGAAGCUUCAGUAUAAGGACUAGUUCCCUACCGCAUAUUCCACCUGUACCGUUUCCGGCGAAUAAUGUGGUUGAGGCCCGCGCUACGGCUGGCGAUGUAGCUAAUGAAAUGCGUCGCUUGAUUGGUAGUCUUGGGGAUCAUCUUGCGAUUAUUGGGGAGCAGGUUGCGGGUAUGGAACCCCGGCGUGCGGCUGCGGGACGGAAUAAUUACGAUGGUGCGGAGUAGACUGUGCGUUACUUACGUCGUCCUGGGAUGGAAGGAUGAGGGGAGGGAGGAGGGAGGAGGAAAAGUAUACAUGAGACCUGAUUCGCGCUGGAGUAUAUCGCAUGCAUUGCGCUGCUAUUGAUUUGGUUGAGUGAGAUACCACUACUUUCGUCACGAG